AUGGCAGACCAAGCCACAGAACAGUCGACGUCGACUCGGAUCACCCAACGACAGCUGAUCGACGCCAUCGCCAAGCUCGACGAGGCCUUCCGACCGUCCACCUCCACCUCGUCCUCGUCGUUGCGGAGCUCGUCCGACACGACUUGCCCAGCUCGCAAGAGGUCGGUGCAGAACUUUGCGUCUACCGCAUGCAUGUCCAAGCUGACAACACCCUCUUGCUCUCCUCGCAGACCACGUCCCGCCUCAGGUCAUCACUCGACCGCCGCUCUCGAAGCCUUACUCCCCACCAGCUCCCACCACCGUGGACCUGCUUCCGACUGCUCCUCCCUCCCGAAACCGCCCACCUAUGAGCCGACCUCUCUCCGCUCCCUCAUCUCCCGUAUCCGCACCUACCGCUCCACCACCUUCACCCCCGGCAAACCGUCCCCCUUGGACGCGCUGCACUGCGCUCUCCUCGGCUGGGUCUCGCACAAAACCCAAAGGGACCAAAUCGAAUGUACGACCUGCCAUGCCCUCCUCUCCGUCGCGCCGUUACCGAGUCCGCAUACGUGGAGUUCCGAACCGGGUCGACUAUUGGCUCAGACGUACGAGGCGGAAUUGAGGUUGGCUCAUCUGAGGACGUGUCCUUGGAGGGUCAAGGGGGCUUCGUUGAGGUUGUAUCGACUACCUCAGUGGGGGAGGAAGGCGUUGAUACAGGAAUUGGGGCAACAGGCCAAAGAGCUGCAGCAGACGUUGGGCGAUUUGCACGGGUUGACACUCCAAGGUCCCUCGAGGGAACCACACCGCGUGGCACUUCGGCACUGCCUCGACAUCCUUCAACAGGGCUUAUCCAAUACCGACGAAACGACACGAGAGCAUCUUCUCCUUGCACUAUUCGGCUGGUCAGCACCUACAACCACACCCGUACCCAGCGCACCCUCCACAACCCCGAUACUUGAAUGUCGUUACUGCACCCGGACCGUCCUCCUUGCGCCCCACUUGUCGACCCCAUCGAAACCCUUCGACCUGAUUCAACAACACCAAUCCUUCUGUCCCUACGUCUCCAAUCCACCCAUCGACGAUGUAGGACUCGUCAGCCUUGUCCAGAGUAAAGCAGGUUGGGAGACGCGCAUCGACACGAUCUUGCAACGCAAGUCGAGAGGAGGCGCGACUUCGAACUCGACGCCCACGGGGAGUCAAGGAUCGAACAACGAGUCUUUGGGAGCGUUCGAAUGGUUGAAUAAGAAACAUACCUCGUCGACAAUCGCUUCCGAGGACGCUUCGGGACCCGUGGAGAUCGUGACGACGGGUGUGAGUUCCCCUUAGCUUUUCGCCCUGGAUCCCAUAUCGCGACCUCGAGAUCUGACCUAGGUUUGCAACUUCGAUCCGUAGCAAACGAGGGAGUUGUUGAAUCACGUGAGGACAUUGUUGGGGCCGCGAACGUCGCCGAGCAGAACCCGGGUUCAGUAG